GGGGAGGCGGCGGGCGGGGGCGCGCGCGGCGGGAGGAGGGGGCGCGCGCUUCCCGGAACAGCCCGCGCUGAGGGAAGAGAGGAAGAAAAUAAAACCCGCGGCCGGAGCCAAAGCUGGAGCUGCCGCCGCCGCCGUCUCAGCCGUCUGGAGCUCCCCCGCGCGGACGAUGCCCGCGAUGCCCGCGCGGGGCUCGGGGCGGUGAGGCCCGGGGCGCGGGGUAGCUAUGGCGACCGGGAGCGCGGCCCGCGGCGCCGCCUGACAGGUGUGGGGCCCCGGCGGCGGCGGCGGCGGCACGGAGCAGCAUGUACGCCAAGGGGGGCAAGGGCUCGGCCGUGCCCUCCGACAGCCAGGCACGAGAGAAGUUGGCGCUGUACGUGUAUGAGUACCUGCUGCACGUUGGUGCCCAGAAGUCAGCCCAGACCUUUCUGUCCGAGAUCCGAUGGGAGAAGAACAUUACGCUGGGGGAGCCCCCGGGCUUCCUGCAUUCCUGGUGGUGCGUGUUCUGGGACUUGUACUGUGCAGCGCCCGACCGCAGAGAGGCGUGCGAGCACUCGAGUGAAGCCAAGGCCUUCCAGGACUACAGCGCUGCAGCGGCCCCCAGCCCGGUGAUGGGGAGCAUGGCUCCCAAUGAUGCAAUGGCAUCAGGCCCCAUGGCAACCGGCUUCUUCCAGCCCUUCAUGUCACCGCGGUUCCCAGGGGGCCCUCGGCCCACCCUGCGGAUGCAGAGUCAGCCUCCCGUGGGCCUACCCGGUUCCCAGCCCCUCCUCCCUGGCGCCAUGGACCCCUCCCCACGUGCUCAGGGUCAUUCGAGCAUGGGCCCGAUGCAGAGGGUGACGCCUCCACGGGGCAUGACCAGCGUUGGGCCCCAGGUAAGGGCUGGGCCCAGGCGACAGGGCAGCUUCAGGGGCUGCCCUCUCUCGGUUUGCCCUCUCACGGCCCCUUUACCUUCACAGAGCUACGGAAGUGGCAUGCGGCCCCCACCCAACUCUCUUGCUGGCCCGGGUUUGCCCACCAUGAACAUGGGACCCGGAGUGCGUGGCCCAUGGGCCAGCCCCAGUGGCAACUCGAUCCCCUACUCCUCUUCCUCCCCUGGCAGCUACACGGGACCCCCAGGAGGAGGUGGGCCCCCUGGAACACCCAUCAUGCCCAGCCCUGGAGACUCCACCAACUCCAGUGAGAACAUGUACACCAUCAUGAACCCCAUCGGGCCAGGCGCCGGCAGGGCUAAUUUCCCGCUUGGCCCUGGUCCGGAGGCCCCCAUGGCCGCCAUGAAUGCGAUGGAGCCUCACCAUGUAAACGGAUCCCUGGGCUCGGGCGAUCUGGACGGGUUGCCGAAGAGUUCCCCCGGCGCCGUGGCCGGCCUGAGCAACACCCCGGGCACCCCGCGGGACGACGGCGAGAUGGCGGCCGCCGGGACCUUCCUGCACCCGUUCCCGAGCGAAAGCGUAAGCGACUGCGUCGACUCCCCCCCCGCGGCGGCGUCGGGCCGGAGGGGCCUGGCGGGCAGACCCCGGCGGGGCGGCCGGGGGGCCAGAGCAAGACCGUGACCGCGGCGGGCCAGUACUCCCCCGGGAUGACCAUGAGCGUGUGAUGGGGCCGCAGCCCCUUGCCCACUGCCGACCUCGGCUUCUGCCCAGCGCCCCUGCCCGGGGCCAAGGUCCAGGGGCUCGGGUGGUCUGCAGGGUGAGGGUCUGAGGUCACACCGCGGGCAACUGGACUCCCGGUCAAGGCUUGGAUGGCUGGGAGGCCCCGCGCGAAGGACUCAUUCAUUUUAUAAAAAAACGCAAGGACCUCAGAGACGUUCUUUCUUGUAUGGGCCCUUCCCGCCAUUUCUGUUUUGUCCAGGGGGCUCCUUGGGGGAUUUCCUUUCCCCUGGAGCGCAGGGGUGGGCCCCAACAAUAAACAUAACUCGAUUUUGGUUUUUGGCA